CUCUCCACCACCACGACGCUUCUGCCGGGCGCCCCCUCCCCGGGUCUUCCCCCAGCCCCUUCCCAACGUGGCUUGCUCUCCCGUGCAACCUGACCAGAGUGUCUCCAGUUCCUUGGGGGACUGAGCUGCCUGGGUUCCCUCUUUGGCACCCUCUCUCUCUCUCUCUCUCUCUCUCUCUCUCUCUCUCUCUCUCGGGCCCUCCCCCCCCCCACCGCUUUCCUCCUGUGAUCUCUCCAGUCCGAAGUGGGAAGCUCUCCUCUCUCUCUCUCUCUCUCUCUCUCUCUCUCUCUCUCUCUCUCUCGGCGCGCGGAGAGGGUAUAUUUUUAGAGCGAUCGCCUCCCUGCUCGGCACCACGUGUGCUGCCCAUGUUGCUCGGAAUGACUGGCCCCUCUUCGGCCUGCUUGCCAGUCUUGCUCCUGGGACUGCUGUCGCCUUGGCUGGCCGGGCGCUGCAUGCCCGCCUUCGCCCAGCCCCACCAGCAGCCCCAGCACAACGACACCCUGGAGUGGCGCUGGGAGACGCUCUUCUCGCGCUCCAUGGCCAGGAUCCCCGGGGAAAGGAGGGAGCCCAACCGCGACGGCGACUAUCUGCUGGGCAUCAAGAGGCUCAGGCGUCUCUAUUGCAACGUCGGCAUUGGCUUCCACAUCCAGGUGCUGCCAGACGGCAGGAUCAACGGGAUCCACAACGAAAACCGGCACAGUUUGCUUGAAAUCUCUCCUGUGGAAAGAGGAGUGGUGAGCCUCUUUGGUGUUAAAAGUGGACUCUUUGUAGCCAUGAACAGUAAAGGCAAACUCUAUGGAGCUAACCAUUUCAACGAUGAGUGCAAAUUCAAAGAGAUCCUGCUGCCCAACAACUACAACGCCUACGAAUCCCAGAUCUACCCGGGGAUGUACAUAGCCCUGAGCAAAAACGGACGAACAAAGAAAGGCAACAAAGUCUCUCCCACCAUGACAGUGACACAUUUUCUUCCUAGGAUCUGAGCGCUUGUCCCUUCAGACUUCACCUCAGGGAAGUGGGGAGGAGGCGAGAGACCCGAGAGGCGGAGGAGGGGAAACCUAUGGUGCACUUUUCUUUUAAGAGUUUUAUGCAAGAGUAGAUGUAAGAUAUUUAAAUUAUUUAAUUCUGUAUAUAUUGCCAGAAAGUUAUUUAUAGUUCUGAUUUUUAAAAAAGAAAUUCCUUUUAAAAAAAAAGACAAAAAAAGCAUAAAACAAAAUCCUCCGACUUAAGCUAUUCAUUGCACAAUGCAACGACAGAGGACUCUUUUGCAUUGUGGCUUAUUUUACUUUGUUUUGGGUAAGUUAUCACAGGUGUGCUGCUAUUAUGUGUUGUUGUUUUUUAAAACGUGAAAUCCGAUUCCUAUAUUUACAAUGUUUUGCACUGUUCUCUGUGUUGUACAGUGUUGGCUAGUGAACAUGAUUUUUUUGUUUUGUUUUGUUUUUUUAAAGAAACCAAUGAUAACUGCCAGGUAAUGUCUUUAGUCUUUGAAGAAUGAGUGGGCAAAACCUCCCUCUUGUUCUGAUGCCAGCUUGCUGCAAGCAAUGCACAAUGUCUGACCUCCUUUUGUGCAGCAUUGCUGUUUCAUUGAAAUGGUAUCAGUUUACUUCUGGUGCAGAAAGUGCAGUGUUGAAGUACCACCCUGAAAAGCUGUUUUUAGAUCUGCUGCUGCUGAACUCUGAACUUCCCUGCAGUCAAUCUCUUCGGAGCCCCUGAGACGCAAUUCACCAAGUAAUAUGGGAGAAUGACUCUUUUGAACUAACAUGGAGGCUGCUCAGCAGCAGUGCUUGGUGAAUUGUGCCCUUAGCAGACAACUCUUAAACAUAUAGAAUCAAUUUCCAGGAAUAUUAGUCUAUUUUAACUUUAAAAACAAAAACAAAAAACUGGACAAAAGCAAACCUUUUGACCCAUCAGUAACUGUGCUCACUUUCUUUCCCCCAUCAAGGUUCACACUGUGUGAAACCAGUAGGCCACAAUUAAUUAGUAACAUUUAAUUUAAAUGUGAUAACUCUAUUACUCUUCCCUGCCAAAUGCGUAAUUCUGGCAAUGUCUGAAGAGCAUGUCAUCAAAAAAGAUCUCUCUCUCUCUCUCUCUCUCUCUCUCUCUCUCUCUCUCUCUGAUAUGGCCAGAUGACUGAAGUUUCUCUACAUCCUUAUUGAUGUAUUGAUGUAUUGUUCCUCUUCUUCCUUAUUGAUGUAUUGUUUU